GAAAUCACAGGCAUUGAAGCCCCCCUCUCUCUACAAGGUAAGCAGAGAGCUCUCUUUCUCUCUCUAAAAAAAUCUUCCCCCAUAAAUCUAGCUUCAUAGAAUCUCUCUCUUUUGCUCUUCACUACUCUAAAUUUAGCAGUGGUGUCUCUCUCUUUUUCUCUCUCUAAAAUCUCUGAGUUGUUGUAAUUAAUAUCUCUCCAUUUAAGUCUCACUUCCAUGACAUAUAUACCUGGAAACACUCCAAACCCUUUCUUUCUCUUUACAAGAGAAAACCCUUGUCUUGAAUUUUGAAGAAUUCAAGAUUUGAGAGUUGCCCAUGUCUCAGUUUGGUCUGAAAAUGGAGAAAAAGAGGCCAAGAAUCAGUCUUUCUUUGUUUACAACCUUAACUGAGACCUUUUCAAUGGCUAACAAAUCACCUAGGAAUUUUAAGAAUGGUGGUAGUGCUGUUGGGUUGGGAAUUGUUGCUGCAAUGGAUGAGUCUGAUAAAGUCUCUGACUUUGCUUUGUCACCAAGAUCCAGUCCUGUCCCUGUUGUUUCAUUGAAGAAACCUGCUUCAUGUUUCAAAGAAGGAGGCAUUGGGGUGUGGAAUUUUGAUAAAGGUGGUGUUGUUGUUGAUGAGAAUGAUGAGAGUUAUACUUGUGUGAUUUCUCAUGUUGGGAAUAAUGUUAUUAAGAAGAGUGUUUAUUAUGAUGAUAAGGUUUGUGUUGAUUCAGUGAGUUGGUUUGAUGUUGGUUCUGGACUGCUUUAUGCUGCUUCACCAGCUGUGAUGAUGCCCAUUGAUGUUGCUACUGCUGAAAGGAGGGAGUUUUGGAGCAAGGAUUUCUUGAGUUCUUGCCAUCUCUGCAAGAAGCUGCUUGAGGGGCUGGACAUUUUCAUGUACAGGGGUGAAAAUGCAUUUUGCAGUCCAGAGUGCCGCGAUAAACAUAUCAGAAUUGAAGAUUUCAAGGAGAAGUCUGGGUCUGAAGCUCGGAAGAAACAAGAGUGCUCUGUAACGCCCUGCUCCUCUCCUCUGUUAUUUUUUGCUGGAGUAGCUGCAGCAUAGAGUAUUUUACAAAACACCAGUAUUCAGUAAAUAAAAGGAAACUAAAGAAUAUGAAGGAUAUCCUACAAAUAAAUUGCCAUUGACGGUAUGGAGAGACAGUAGACCGGAGUUUUUAAUAGGGUUAAAGGAGGUGGUCUCCAUACCCUAGAUUGCAAGAAAGAUUCUUCUGGGAUUGGAUUAUUUCAGAAAGAAUUUACAAGUUUUUCUGACUCCAACUUGGGUAUCAUAUAUAGACUUGAGUUUUUCAAUUUUAUUAUUAUUGCCCCAUGGUCCAUGGGUGCAAGGCAAUUUAGUUGAAUAGUUGCUCUGAACUGAGUGUAUACAAAUUCUUCAAGCAUUAUUCAAUAGAAAUUAUUUUGAGAUUUUGAUA